UCCACCCGCGCCCGCCCCUCGCGCCCGCCCACGCAUCCUCGGGCCAGGCCGGCCUUCAGGCACUAGAGCAGAGGAAACCCGGCCAUCGGCAUGGACGACCCGGUGGAGGUGGCAGGCCGGGGUGAGCUGCUUCAAUGGAUGGCAGGCCGGGCGGUCAGCCUGGCGGGCGAGGCUCGUUGGGGGCAGGCGAGGCGGGCAGGGGCGAGUCCCUCAUGAUUCCCCCCCUCCCUCGUCCGUUGACACUUUCGCCUCUCCCUCAGUCACCACCAUCAUCGACACCUUCGACACCAUCGACACCAUCGACUCCCAUCGACACCAUCGACUCCAUCGACACCUUCGUCACCACCAACACCCACCAACACCAUCGACACAAUCGUCACCACCAACACUCUCUUGUCUUCACCACCUUGAUUCCACCUGCCCCAAGCCUUGUCUUGCCAUGGAUCCUUCAAUCUUGUCCAGUCUUCGCUCGUACCUUGAAGGUCAACAGGAGCAUCUCUUGCAGCAGCAGACCCACGAGGAGUGGCUAUUGGGAGAAGUUACCACAAGACUUGAAGAGACCGAAGAGCAACUCAGGGAGACGCGACGGAUGCUGGCCCUCUUCCCUCAGGACCCCGAGCCUCCCCCCUCUGGCUCUCUGUCGUCUUUCCUGCCUUCUUUGUUCCCGGCUUUUUUGCAACGGCCAUCCUCAAGCGGCCCAGCCGCGGAGCAGCGGCAGCAACGACGAAAUGCGCCACAAGAGGAACGACAGGAAGGACAACAGGAAGAGCAACGAGAACAACGACAGGAGCAGCCACGGACGAAGCGCUCUGCCUCGUCGACUGCUGUCGACGAGGACGACGAUGAUGAUAAUGCUCCUCAGCAAGGGAGCAGCACAGGAGAGCCCGUCAUCGGCAGCAAAGCCAGGCAUAUGCCCAGAGGCAGGAAACAGGCCCCUCAUCGCUCGAUUAUUAUCAACAAGACACAAAACCUGACCACCGUGGGCACUCACUUGCAUGGCGUUUCUCACGUAGAGAACGUCAGCAGCAGCAACACUGGGUCGGCUCACGCGAAGUGCGCUUCUUCGAGCUCGGCCCCAGAGCCCAAACGUAGACGGAUCGCGUCCGUGGACGUCGACACGUCCAAGAUCCCGGGGUGGUCAGCCCAUGUGAGCCGGCACCGACGUGCACAAGAGCAGGAUGAAGGAGGUGC